AUGAUGCCCACGCUUGAAACGACAACGAGCGUGGCACACUUUAUCAAACAAUUUUAAAAUUUAGACUGUAAAAAAGCUCCUUUUUUUUCUCUAAAAAAAAAAUUAAAUAAAAAUAUUGUGCGAGACACUGAUUAGCGAGACAAAAGAAUUAAACACAUUAUUAUAAGAUUCGCGUAUCAAGUUACAUAAUAAAAAUGAUAAAAUAAUAAAAUCGUGUUGAUAAGGACGGGUAUGUUUAUUAAUGAUCUGAAAUAAUAGAUACAAUAUAGUGGUAACUUACAUUGUGUGACGACGAAUGCUGUAACUAUUGAGCCUAUCAAAAUGAGCUUGGUUCUUACCUUCCUUGGAUACGGAAUCUCUCUACUUCUCGUAGCAGCAGUAUCAUUAUACGCGUAUUUCCUGUAUUCGUACACAUACUGGUCUAAAAAAGGAGUACCUUAUCUAGAGCCGAAGUUUCCAUACGGAAACUGUAUUUCUAUGUUCGCUAAGGCUAAAGGGUAUCCCGUAGGAAUUUUAGAUAGCUGUUACACGAAAAUGAGGGAGAAAGGAUGGAAGAUUGGAGGAUUCUUCACAAUAGCCAGGCCUACACUCUUGAUAUUGGAUCCUGAAUAUGUUAGAGAUGUUUUGGUAAAGGACUUCAGUUACUUUGUAGACAGAGGAUUUUAUUACACAAAACAUGAUCAGGUAACAGAAAAUCUCUUCGUAAUGGACGAAACAAAUUGGAAAAAUAUGAGAACAAAACUAACCCCAACAUUCACGACAGGAAAAAUGAAAAUGAUGUUUCCACUUAUAACCCACGCAUGUGGACAAAUGACGAAUUUCAUUGGACAAUUGGCUGAAAAGAAACAAGACGUCGAUAUUAGAGAGUGUUUGGCCAUGUUUACCACAGAUGUGAUAGUGUCUUGCGCAUUUGGACUCGACAGUAACUGUUUUACAGAUAAAGAAAGCAAAUUCAGGAAUAUAGGAAAGUCCUAUUUCAGUUUUAAAGAUGUAUUACUUGCAGCUAAAGUAUCGAUGAUGACUUAUGCUCCAGAGCUAGCUCUCAAAUUGGGAGUCCCAAGUCUAAAAAAGGAACAACGCCAAUUUUUCAUCGAUAUAAUUGGUUCAACAGUCGAUUAUAGAAGAAAAAAUAACGUAAGAAGAGAAGAUUUUCUUCAGCUAAUGAUCAACUUAUUAGAUCAACCAAAAGAUGCUCCAAAUCAUGUAACGUUCGACCAAUUGAUAGCUCAAGUCAGCAUUUUCUUCGUGGCAGGUUUUGAAACAUCAUCGUCAACCAUGACAUUUGCUUUAUAUGAGUUAGCAAAACAUCCAGAAUAUCAAGACAGACUUAGAGACGAGAUUACAUCAGUAUUAAGCGAUAAAAAAGAACUAACCUACGAAUCCAUCAACGAAAUGAAGUACCUUCAGCAAGUUAUUGAUGAAACUUUAAGGUUGUAUCCAGUAGUUUCAAAUCUUCAGAGGAAGUGUGUGAAGGACUACACGUUUAAAAACACUAAUAUAGUUGUAGAAAAGGGUGUGACUUGUGUAAUACCGAUAUUUAAUAUACAAAGAGAUCCUGAAUUGUUUAAAGAUCCUUUAACGUUUGACCCCGAACGAUUUAGUCCUGAAAAUAAGAAUACUAUUGUUCCGUAUUCAAACUUACCAUUUGGAGAAGGACCUCGAAACUGUAUAGGAUUAAGAUUUGGAUAUAUGCAAAGCAAAAUAGGGAUUAUAGAGACUAUACGGAAAUUUAAAUUGACAAUUAGUCCAAGUACCAAAAUGCCUAUACAAAUCGAUCCAGGUUUCUUUAUAUUACAGCCAAUAGAAACUCUUUACCUGCAAGCAGAACCAAUAUAAUGAAUUUGAACAAUUUGUUAACGAUUUUUAACAUUAGUUUUUUUUUAAUAAUAAUAAUAAUAUAGUUUUUAAGACUUACAA